AGCCUAGACUCUAGGCGGCACGCUGUUUGGUCAUCACCAGAGCCAUGAAGAUGCACUUCUGCAUCCCGGUGUCCCAGCAGCGCCCAGACGCGCUGGGGGGCCGCUACGUGUUGUACUCCGUGUACCUGGACGGGUUCCUCUUCUGCAAAGUACGCUACAGCCAGCUGCACCGCUGGGAUGAACAGCUGAGACGGGUGUUUGGAAACUGCCUGCCCCCUUUCCCACCGAAGUACUACCUGGCAAUGACUACCGCUAUGGCUGCAGAGAGGAGGAAUCAGUUGGAACGCUACCUGCAAAAUGUAACGGCGGAUCCCCGUGUGACAAGGAGUGACAUCUUCACUGAGUUUUUAACACUGGUACAGCUGCACACCUUGAACAUAACCACCAAGAGUGUCGCUCUGGCUGUAUUCCUGCCUGAUGGAAGUAGUGUUACAGUGGAAGUUCUAACGUCAGAUACGGCUGAAAGGGUACUCGAGGUGGUGGCGCACAAACUCGGAUUGCAUCCAGAGCUGGUGGGCUACUUCGGCCUUUUUCUCAUCCGGUGUUUCCUGGAGGGCAAGCUCUCUGUGGUGAAGAAGCUGGCCGAUUUUGAGUUGCCUUACACUAGUCUUCAGAAUUCUGAAGUGGAAAACUGUAAGAUUGGACUCAGGAAGUGGUACCUGGACCCAGCUCUGGACUCCAUGUUGAUGGACUGCAGGGCAGCUGGAGACUUGCUGUACAUGCAGGCAGUGCAGGACAUUGAGGUAGAAUGGAUGAAACCCACACAGGCUCAGAGGGAGGAAUUAAAGGCACUGCAGAAGAAAGAGAAUCAAACGAAGUUUUUGGAGCUGUCCCAGGAAGUGCGGCACUAUGGGUAUAUUCAUCUGGACCCCUGUACCUGCAACCACCCAGAACCUGGCUGUGGGGCCCAGCUUUCUGUUGGCAACAGUGAGAUGAGCUGCUGUAUAACACUGCCUGAUGGCCAGACCCAGGACAUUGCUUUCCAGAUGAGCAGAGUGAAGUGCUGGCAGGUCACUUUCCUUGGAACUCUGCUGGAUACCGACGGGCCCCAGCGAACUCUCAACCAGAACCUAGAGCUGAGAUUUCAGUACAGUGACGAUAGUGACCAGCAGUGGUUUGUCAUUUACACCAAACAGGCAUUUUUCCUGAGCAGUUGCUUGAAGAAGAUGAUCUCAGAGAAGAUGGCAAAGCUCGCUGAGGAGAACUCAGAAAUGCAGAUCGAGGUUCCAGAACAAGGCCGAAGUAGAAAGCCGCCGGGCCAACCCAGCCAGCAGAAAGACUAUUUUAAUUUUCUGAGAAAAGGCAAGAUGAAGAAAGCCGCAGGUGACUAUGUCUGGAGCACCCUAACGGAAGAAGGUCUCUGAAGCAGUCUCAUCUUUACGGUGUCAGCGUGUGGGCGUGGGAGACGGCUUCCACCAUCCAGAUAUUUCUCGAUUUCUCCCUUUCUUUGACAUUGAGGUUUCCUGUGUUGAUCAGUCUAACUUCAGCACUCCGGAACUCUCAGGGUUAAACUGGUGUAGGAACCAAAACUAUACAGUUUGCUUAAGAGACAGGUGGCAGGUGGGCAGGUUCAAAUCAACUAAUAAGAAGUUUCUUCUAUUUUUCCUCUAAGAUAGAUGUGUAUCUGGCUCUGUGAAGCCCUUUGUAUGUUCUGGUAUUGCAGGAAUAAAAAGCUUGUUCUAAAUUAUAGGAAUACAUUUGGCACCAAGUAUGGCUCAGGAAAACAUGGCUUCUUUGACCUAUCCAGAGAUCGGAAAAGAGGUUGUAAAAUUCUGAUCCACAUCCUCACUUACUCCUUAGUCUGCUGACACGAUGACCACAAAGUACUGGGCUUCCCUGGCCUAAGUCCCUCCACUAUAUGCCUCUGUUUCACUAUUAGAAGACUGGACCCUGGAGAGAUGGGUCAGUGGUUAAGAGACUUGCUACUUUUGCAGAGGGCUAAAUUCCCUUAACCCACAUGGUAGCUCACAACCAGCUGUAACUCUAGCUCCAGGGAAUCCAACACCCUCUUCUGGCCUACUCACACACAUGUGGCACUCCUACACACACAUAAAUAAAAAUAAAUAAAAUUGAAUUCUGCCCAGUAAUCAUCACGCCACACCAACUUGAAUAUUUUUAUUUUGGAAAUCAAUAGUCCUGCACUGACACCAAGUAUAAAUCUCUUAGCUUUACAGAUGUGUAAUUUUUUCCACAAUAUUUUUCCUUAAACAGCUUCAGAUAUACCAUAGUAAUUAACAUAAUUAUGUAUGGAAUUAAGAGCAAAAUAGAGAGGGGAAGAUUAGUAUGCAAAAACUAGAUAAAAGAGUAAUAUUCUAAUGUUCUUUUAUGAGUUAGCUAAUUAUGAAAUAAAUAUAAAAUCUGAUGAAUACAGAGUUUGCCAAUGAAAAUUGUGUGCAUUUUUUGAAAUGUGGAAUCUACGAGUCCUCUAAUAUCUAUAAAUCAAUGCCUUUGAGUUUGUGUUUUAGGCUGUAGUAGCAUCUCUGCAGAGAUAUUCUGUGUAUCCCCCCACCCCCUGGGUGGAUUAGUGCGUUAGGAACACCAUCAGAGUCAGAUGGAAGUUUAUUGACUAUCACCGCAACUUAAGACUUGUCAGGAUCCGUCUACACAGCAUAAGGGGCUGUCUCAGACAGUAGGAACAGAGAAUUUGUAUUGGGAUUAGAAGAUUAAACAGUAUGUGAUUGCAGCUUUUGUAGGUUAAAAAAUAAUAUCUGAU